AUGGUCUUCGCCUGGAAAGCCGCCGGUCUCACCUACAACCGCUACCUCGCCGUCGCUUCUCGCGUCGUGCGCCGCAGCCUGAAGGAGGACAAGAGAAUCGCCGCCGAGCGCCGCGGAGAGAUGGAGCUGCGUUUCGCCAAGUGGGAGAACGGCAAGCAGGGCGACCCCAAGCCCCUCGCCCAGGCCACUGUCGCCAAGCCCGCCGCCUCUUCGUAA